AAAAAAUUCAAGUCCGGAAAAGCGGAAGCAAAUCACAAGAACCCCAAGCGGUUGGAAAACUCAAAGCAUUCGACCUAUACAACAUCAAUUCGUUGCUCCUUGGAUCGUUGUCAAUCGUCCCACCUCUUCAUCCAGCCAUUGGACUGUCUAUCGAACCUUCGUCGCCGCCCGCCUCACCAUGUCCGACGCACAUCGUCCCCAAUGGAACCCUACUAUGGGUCGAGAGACCAAGGCAGGUUCUCAACAAAUCUCCAAACUAUCUCUCGCAAGUCAUACAAAGCUCAAGUUUCGUCAACCGGGUCAAGGAGGAGCAGGCGAUAUUCAGAAGAGGGACUUGAAGGCUGAGCUAUUAGCAGCGGAACGAGUAGCAUUGGAUAAGAAGAGGAAAGCCCAGGGAUUACCGCCUCUCCCACCGCUCUUUAACGAAAGUGCCAAAGCUAUCGAAGCGGCGACUACACCAGGCGCAGGAGAGAACAGUGAAGAGGCAUCUGAGAGAGCCAAGAGGAGAAAGAUCUUGGAAGAGGCGGCCGAGCUGGACAAGGAUGACUCGGAUGAGGACGAGGAUGACGAGGGGGGUGCGCUGAAAACGAAUGGCGCGGAUAAAGGAAAGGGCAAAGCGGUGGAGACGAAUGGUGGUGAGGACGAGGAUGAAGAUGACGAUGAGGAGGAGGAUGAGGAUGACGACAGUGAUGAUGAGGAUGACACUGCUGCGUUAAUGGCGGAAUUAGCCAAGAUUAAGCAAGAGAGAGCGGAAGAAAAGGCCAGGCAGGAAGCAGAAGCAGCGGUCGCAGGCAAACAGACACGUGAUGAAGAAAUAGCAACUGGUAAUCCGUUACUCAACCUUCAAGCUGCUCUUGGUCAACGCGAACCCGGUACACCAGGAUCUACCAUGUCUGGAAGUACAGGGACAUUCGCAGUCAAGAGGAGGUGGGACGACGAUUUGAUCUUCAAGAAUCAAGCUGUGGGAGUGGACGAUAAGCCGAAAAAGGGAGAGUUUGUCAAUGACUUGUUGAGAAGUGAAUUUCAUAAGAAGUUCAUGCUCAAAUUCAUCAAAUAGGAAUUUGGGAUACAUUCGGGGCUUUGUAUGAUUGAGGAAAUAGAGGGACCAACCUGCUCUCCGUAUUCUCCAUGAAUGUAUGAUGACUUUCAAGCCCGACG